CCUGAGACAAAAGUGUUUUUGUUUUCAUCUGUGACUACACAAUAGAAACCAUCUCUCGUGCACUUUGCUCCAGCCAGGACCGCGCGUCUAUGCGCGCUCCCGCUCAGUGAGUGAGCGUAACAGAAUUCAGCAUCACUCCAUUCAAUUUCUACCAGACGCAGAUCUAUUCACAGCUGCCACAAUGGCCUCUGGCGUUAAAGUCACAGAUGAAGUUAUUGCAGUCUUCAACGACAUGAAGGUGCGUAAAGCUCAGGCCAAUGAAGAUGAGAAGAGGAGGAGGAAGAAGGCUGUUCUCUUCUGCUUGAGCUCAGACCUCAAAAACAUUGUUCUGGAUGAUGGCAAAGAGAUCCUCCAGGGGGACCUAGGCACCACCGUUCAGGACCCAUACCAGCACUUUGUGAAGAUGCUGCCUCCGGACGACUGCCGCUACGCUCUGUACGACGCCACGUAUGAGACCAAAGAAACCAAGAAGGAGGACUUGGUCUUUAUCUUCUGGGCUCCAGACAGCGCUCCUCUGAAGAGCAAGAUGAUCUACGCUAGCUCAAAAGAUGCUAUCAAGAGAAAGUUUGAGGGCAUUAAGCACGAGUGGCAGGUGAACGGUUUGGAGGACCUCAAAGACCGACACACCCUGGCAGAAAAGCUUGGCGGUUCAUCAGUGAUCACCCUGGAAGGAUCCCCUUUAUAAAUGAAGCAGCACUGCUCCUCAGCUUCAGCCGAGGCCCAUCAGACACAUCCGUUCAGUUGAGUCAUUCCAGUUUGGCAGGGAAAGGGGGCUAAAGCAGAACCAGUAGGAUUUAUGGGACUUUCUGGGGAGGGAUGUGUGUUUGGGAUCAAAUGAAAAAAGCAUUCUGUUGGAGGGAAUUGUCAUUACAGUUCAAGAAAAUGAACUACAUGCACAGAAUGGAAGCUAUUGAAACAAUUGUUGAAAGAAAAAAAAACAAUAAAAAUGGAUAGACAAACUGUUUAAUUAUUCAAAGUUCAACUUGAAUGAAUGCUGGGAAAGGGACAGGCAGCGACAAUUUAGUUUUGCAGACACUGAAUCCUGACUAAUUUGCUCUGAUAAUUUAAUUUGAUUUAUUUUGUUUUGCCAAACUAAUGGUUACGUUGGUGUGUUUGUAAUUGUGUCUUGGUGUAAUAUGAAUUAAUACAAUCUUGAUUGCACAAGUUGUAUGGACACUUAUUUAACCAAUAUCUUAAAUAUAUAGAUUUUGUUUUUCUUGUUUUCAUUCCAUGUUCUCUGUUUUCCAACUUAUUUCCAAAACCUCUCUUUUCUGAUUGUGGGUCAGAAAAUCUGGCCUCAAAAGAAGUAAACCGACGACAUUCCUCACUUUGGGUAAAACCAGAACCUCCUCAGACUGAGACUGUUGAUGUGAAGGCGACUGAUGAUGAGAAUAUGAAGGACCAAUGAUCAGAAUAUUGAAUGGUUGAUGUUUUGUAUCGUCUCCUUAUCUCUAAUAAAUAAAGCACUUAACCGCUGA